AUGGCAACUGUCAACAAUGAGAGCCUUGUAUUCUAUCCCGCGUUCUGCUUCAAGGCAUCACCAACGCACUUUACCUGGGUGAAAAUGGGUGCAGCUGAUGUGCAUCGUCUCCGAAGAUCAAGCAACUUUGUGGGCCAAAAUAUGUUUUUCUACAACAACCACCCAAUUCAAUUCGUCAGCCUCGUAGGCGUCAUAGUGGCGCGAACUGAUUUCCCAUGGCGCACAAUCCUAACACUAGACGACAGUAGCGGCGCAACAAUCGAUAUAGCCACCGAACCAAAACCCAGCACCACUAGUCAAAAAAUCCUCGCCACAGAUUCAGAACAACCAGAAUGGUCCUCAUUCUUUCUCACAGCGCCAACAGCCACCAGCCUUGUUCAAACAACGCACUUGACCUCCAAAGACCGCGACGAGAUAGACAUCUCAGCUCUCCAACCAGGAACGCUAGUCCGGGUCAAAGGGACACUGUCAACCUUCCGCUUACAGAUGCAAUUAAAUCUUGAACGUUUCUGGAUCGUGCGUGAUACGAACACCGAAAUGCAGUUUUUGGAUACCCGUCUGCGGUUCCUUAUUGAGGUCUUGUCUGUGCCGUGGGUGCUGACUGAUGAGGAGAUUGAGACGUUGCGUGCUGAUGCCGAGAGGGAUGACGAGCGCACGCUGGAGGAUAAGAGGCGUGCGGAAAGAGUUGCAAGGAAAAAGGUUGAACGGGAGGAGAGACACGCCAAGGCUAUUGCACGCCGGUAUGAGAAGGAAGAGUAUGAGAGGGAGCAAGAGCUUAGGGAGAUUAGAGAGGAUGGAAAGAGAGUUAUGAGGAAGUUUGGGUUUGGCGCAGGAUGA